CAAACAAUGAUGGGAAUGUUACUGCAUUUUCUUUUUGUAUUGCUUGGGGUCCUUACUAUUGUGGUUCUGGUUCAAGCUCAGGAUCAAUCAGGAUUCAUUAGCAUAGAUUGCGGGCUACCUGAAAAUUCAAGCUAUACUGAGAAGAACACAGGCAUAUAUUACAUUUCAGAUGCUAAAUUCAUUGAUAGUGGUGUAAGUAAGAGUAUAUCACCAGCAUUGCAAGGUACUCAUCAACAGCAGCUAGCUUAUGUGAGGAGCUUUCCUAGUGGGGUGAGAAACUGUUACAGAAUAAAUGUAACCAGUGGUACUAAAUAUUUAAUCCGAGGUAGUUUCUAUUAUGGAAACUAUGAUGAUCUGAAUCAGGUCCCAGAAUUUAGUCUUCAUCUAGGAGCUAAUUUAUGGGACACAGUGACAUUUCCCAAUGCAUCACUCUCCUCAAUCAGGGAGAUCAUUUACUCUCCACCACUAGAUUAUAUUCAUGUGUGUCUGGUUAACACAGGCAAUGGGACACCAUUCAUUUCUGCUAUAGAAUUGAGGACUUUGAAAAAUGAUACUUAUGACACUAACUCAGCUGCAUCAUUGGAACGCUUCCUAAGAUUGAAUUUAGGUUCCAUCACCGACUUGGAAUACAGGUACAAAGAUGAUGUUUAUGAUCGCAUGUGGGCACCUUUUACAUUCCAAAAGACUACACUAUUAAGCACCUCACUGAGCCCUAAGGAACUAUCUCAGAAUGAUUAUGAAACACCAGCAGUUGUCAUGAGCACUGCCAUUACUCCAGAUAAUGCCAGUGCUCCUCUUAAGUUCUAUUGGGAUCCGAAUAAUGUAAAUGACCAAUACUACAUCUACAUGCACUUUAAUGAGGUUGAAAAGCUGGCAGCAAAUGAAACUAGAGCAUUCAAUAUCACCAUGAAUGGCAAGUUUUUUUAUGGACCUGUGGUACCUGCAUACCAGACCACAAAUACCAUAUAUAGUAUAUCAGCUUUGGCUGGAGCCACUAGGUAUGAAUUUUCUCUUUUUCAGACAGAGACUUCUACUCUUCCACCCAUCAUCAAUGCCCUUGAGAUUUAUAUAGUAAAAGAUUUCUCACAAUCAGAAACUGAACAAGAUGAUGUUGAUGCUAUAACAAACAUCAAGAAUACUUAUGGGGUGGCCAGUAAUUGGCAAGGAGAUCCAUGCACUCCAGUAGGAUACAUGUGGGAAGGUCUAAACUGUAGUUUUGAUGGCAAUAACCCCCCAAGAAUCACAUCCUUGAAUUUGUCUUCAAAUGGACUGACCGGGCAGAUAGCAUCUUCUAUUUCCAAGCUCACUGUGUUACAGUACUUGGAUUUAUCAAACAAUAGCUUAAGCGGGCCAGUGCCUGAUUUUCUGACACAACUGCAGUCACUAAAAGUCUUAAACUUGGAGAAUAACAACCUUACAGGUUUUGUUCCAACUGGACUCCUUGACAGAUCAAAUAAAGGUUCACUAUCAUUGAGCGUGGGGCAAAAUCCAAAUCUAUGUGACUCUGCUUCAUGCAAUCAACAAACAGAUGAUAAAAAGAAGAAGAAGAAAAAUAAUAUAGUUAUUCCUGUAGUAGCAUCAGUUGCUGGGAUUUUGGUGCUUAUAGUAAUUGCAGCAGCAGCUAUCAUUUGUGGCCUUAAAAAGAGAAAACCACGAGGUAAAUCCACCAAAUUAGCUGCUGUGAAUAUUCAUGUUGAGCCCAAUACUCCAAAUGGGUCACAAUUGGAAUCCAAGAAAAGACAAUAUACAUUCAAUGAUCUUGUUAAGAUCACCAACAACUUUGAAAGAGUUCUUGGAAGAGGUGGAUUUGGAACAGUUUAUCAUGGCUUUAUUGAUGACACUGAAGUAGCUGUCAAGAUCCUUUCCCCAUCAGCAGUACGAGGAUAUCAACAAUUUGUAUCCGAGGUUAAACUUCUAAUGAGAGUUCAUCACAGAAACCUGACUUCUCUUAUUGGAUAUUGCAAUGAAGAAACCAAUAUAGGGCUCAUCUAUGAAUAUAUGCCAAAUGGAAACUUGUAUGAACUUCUUUCAGGAAAAAAUAGCAGGCCAAAGUUCUUGACAUGGGAGGACAGACUCAGAAUAGCAGUGGAUUCAGCCCAAGGACUGGAAUAUUUACAUAACGGUUGCACACCACCUAUAAUCCACAGAGAUGUGAAAAGUACAAACAUUUUAUUAAAUGAAAAUUUCCAUGCAAAAUUGGCUGAUUUUGGACUAUCCAAAAGCUUUCCCACUGAUGGGGGCACACAUAUGUCCACUGUUGUUGCUGGAACUCCUGGUUAUCUGGAUCCUGAGUAUGGCAUAUCAAACAGGUUGACAGAAAAAAGUGAUGUUUACAGCUUUGGAGUUGUUCUAUUGGAGAUAAUCACAAGUGAACCAGCUAUAAUAAAAAUGAAUGAGAAUGAGAAGACUCACAUAAGUCUGUGGGUUAGCUCCAUGGUUUCUAAAGGAGAUAUAAAACAUAUUGUUGACUCAAGAUUACAAGAAGAUUUUGACACUAGCUCUGCCUGGAAAGCUGUUGAAAUAGGAAUAGCUUGUGUGUCCACUAAUCCUGCUAAAAGGCCAAACAUGAGUGAUGUAGUGACCGAGCUAAAGGACUGUUUGGCCACAGAAUUAGGUCGAAGAAAUACUGGUCGUGACACUGAAAACAAAGAUUCAAUUGAUUUGGUCACUAUGACUACUGAACUUGGUCCCCUAGCUAGGUAG